ACCACCGCGUUUGCACAUCGACAACAACAGACGUGUUUCACGUUUGAACACCUCAAGGAGGAAUGGAUUUACCCGUUUGGCGACUCAUGCAAAAAAGCAAUAAUGUAUAAAAUCCCUGUCCAACUUUUGGAGGAUGCAUGCCUGAAGGAUACGCGUUGGAGUAAUGCGCCAAAUAAACUACUAACAGGCUGGAUACGUGCGUGUUUGUUGACGCUCCUGCUUUGCACGUUACCUGAACUUUCUUCGUGCGCAAGUGUGACCGGAUCCGCAGCUGAACACGAAGGAUUUUGUCCCAACAAGCUGAAUUCUAAUCUCUGGGUUGACGCGCAGAGCACCUGCGAGAGAGAAUGCAACGUGGACGAGGACUGUGCUGACUUUGAGAAAUGCUGCACCAACGUGUGUGGUCUCAACAGCUGUGUGGCUGCACGUUUCUCUGACGGCACCCCAGCCCAGCCAGAUGGGCAGGGUGGAGGAGAAGGAACCGAUGGCCCCGCCUCCAACGCCACCUGCGAGGGCUUCCUCUGCACCCAGCAGGGAGCCACCUGCGACAUCUGGGACGGACAGCCCAUCUGCAAGUGCCGGGACCGCUGCGAGAAAGAGCCCAACUUCACCUGCGCCUCGGACGGCCUCACCUACUUCAACCGCUGCUACAUGGACGCCGAGGCCUGCGUCCGCGGGGUGACCUUAACCGUGGUCGCCUGCCGCUUUUACCUCGCCGGGCCCCGCACCAGCCCGCUGCCUCAGGACACGACGACCAAACCCACUCCGACAUCCUCCCACGAGGCCCCCCGGCCCCCCACGCUGUUCUCCAACCCUCACCACCAGUCCGUGUACGUCGGCGGCACGGUCAGCUUCCACUGCGACGUCAUCGGAGCGCCCAGACCCGUAGUGACGUGGGAGAAACAGAGCGAGCGGCGCGAGCGCCUGGUCAUGAGGCCCGACCAGAUGUACGGCAACGUGGUCAUCACCAACAUCGGUCAGCUGGUCAUCUACAACGCCCAGGUGUGGGAUACGGGCAUCUACACGUGCGUCGCGCGGAAUUCCGCGGGCGUCCUUCGCGCCGAGUACCCGCUGUCGGUCGUUCGGCGGGCCAACGACGAUUUCUCCGAAGAUCCCGAGAUGCCCAUGGGAAGGCCGUUCUCGCCGGCGGACUGCCUGCACGAAGUGGACCUGAGAGCGUGCAGCGGCGAGCGCCACGUGGACUGGUACUACGACGGCAAGCUGGGCUCCUGCUUGGCCUUCGGCAACGGCGGAUGCGACGACAGCCGCAACCGGUUUGAGACGUACGAGGAGUGCAAGGCCUCCUGUCAGAGAGAAGGGAUGGGCGUCUGCUCCCUGCCUGCCGUCCAGGGCCCGUGCAAAUCCUGGGAGCCUCGUUGGGCCUGGAAUUCCCUCUUGAAACAGUGCCAGGCCUACGUCUACGGUGGCUGCCAUGGGAACGCCAACAGCUUCGGCACCAAGAAGGAGUGCGAAGCCAACUGCCCGCAGCCCAAAAGGAAACCGUGUAAGACCUGUCGGGUGAAGGGGAAGAUGGUGCCAAGCUUAUGCCGGAGUGAUUUUGCUAUUGUGGGGCGGCUGACGGAGCUGGUGGAGGAUCUGGACUCGGGGUUAGCACGCUUCAGCCUGGAAGAGGUCCUGAGAGAUGAAAAGAUGGGGUUGACUCUCUUCAAUACCAAACACCUGGAGGUGACUAUCGCCAAGAUAGACUGGAGCUGCCCGUGCCCCAACAUCACCAUGGAGGAGAACCCGUUGCUGGUUAUGGGUGUAGUGCAGGAUGGCGUUGCCAUCAUCCAAUCAGACGGCUACGUCAGAGCCAUAACUGAACGCAGACUCAAGAAGCUACGAGAGGUCGUGAAUAAAAAGACCUGCGAGGCGUUGUAGACUCGGACCGGUCAGCACACGUGGGGUCUGCGGUCACCUCUACCGUUAGCACCGAAGAUGACCGCUAGAACGGCAAGCUGAUAUUUAAUAACUCUUUAAAUGAACUGACACAAAUGUUAUAUGUUAAUGAAGAUAUGACAGGGCUCAUACACGUGUUGAUGACCAAUGGAUUUCCAGGACUUUUCCAGGACUUUAAACCAAAUUUUCAUGAAAAAACCAUUAUGUGUAAAAUGAACAUAUGAAUAUAACAUAUUUCCAGGACUUUUCCAAAACUUUUGGGAUUACUUUUUGGGAUUACUUUUCCAGGCCUGGAAAUAACCACUUUUUUAAAUUCCAAGACUUUUCCAGGUUUUCCAUGACCUUAAAAACCCUUAUAUGAUACAAUAUGCGUGUACAAUUUAUAUUCAUUAUCAUUGUACGACA